GCCUUGACCGUUCCAAUAUGGCGGAUAACUUACUUAUGGGAGCCCAUACAAACAGCCGCUAACGAGGCAUCUAUGUAUGUAGUCUAUAUGAUCAAGGAACAGGUUAGAACCUUUAAAUCCCACGUACGGCGUGAAAACCCGUGCCAAAUCCCUCGCAACAACAGCAAGCGCUCCUACGUGACUAUAAUACAAAUAAAAAAAAUGACGAAUUUACCUGUACUUCUCGUAGCAAUUCACUGUGUUAUAUACAUUUAUUCUAAAAUCAGCGGCGUGGAUUCAAGACCGCCAGAAUACGAGCCGACUGGACCGGGCGUUGAUGACGCGAUUGAAGAGACAAGAGAUUUCACAGAAUAUCUUCAAAGACAAGUCGUGCCUAUUCUGAAGAAAAAGUUCAACCGUCUUCCAGGCGUAUGUAGACGUCUGAAAAGGAGGAGGAUUACAAUUCUGUGCAACACAGCAAAGUUCUGUUCGGCCAUGGCAUAUUCUCAGCAUGGCCACAUCUGCACCUGCCCAAAAGGAUCGAAGUGCUCUCAUUUCUUUUUAUGGAGUUUGUGAUCUCUCUUUUUUAACUUUAAUCACAAUAUACAUUAUAUUCCACCAUGAAAGAAUAAUGUGACCACACGAACAAUUCCUUAUUCCCAUUUAUUCCUCUGUCCAUCAAGGACAGAAAGUGUCACACAUCUUUCAUGAAAACACCCUUUACAUUUUAGGUAGAUCGUUAGAAUUGCCUACAGAACAAAGCCUAAUGAAAUUCACAUGGCUUCCUUUUUAAAUUGUGGAAUUUAAAAACAACCAAUCAGCCUUAGCAAAAAGGCAUUACUCUGUUCGACUAUUCAUAAUAAUAAAUAAACAAAAAAACAGGAGCGUAAAGUGAUGGGAACAAAAUAUUUUGCACAA